CUAUGUGGCUUUGGAAACAUCGACAGCUAUCAACUACAAAGAUUACUUCAUAAUGAACAUUCCAACACUGGACGCGCGAACGAUUACACUCACGAACCGAGUUCCUCUAGCAGCGCGGCGGCCUCCAUCCCAUCAAUCACCUGCCAGCGCAUCUCCAGUGCGCGUUCUCUUCGGGUGGCAAACUAUACGACUAUCCCUUUACUCCAACCUGGCAACCAAGGAGUGCCCUCUGGCUCUCCUUACAGUCGGGUAGCAUGGCCUUAUCCAGGAUGGAUGCCAGUACAACGCCGCCUGGGCAUGCUAGCUCCCGGCGGUGGUGUUGACAACACAACACGCACCGUAAGCACCCAUACAGAGCCCGCUGCGGGCCCGACUUGCGAAAAUACCCCAGUUCACGCUAACGGCUGCGGCAGCGCCGCUGGUGCUGUGGCCAGUGCUGGGAGCGAUAGCAGCAGUCCUGACGCCACGAAAGGCAGGGGCACCAGCUCACUCGGAAUCCAGGCGCCAACCGGCACUCAAACCCACAACGCCGGCAGCGCUAGCAGCUGCCGUCCUCCUUCCGUGCAGCAGGGCCGAAAAAGCAGCGGUCGAGGCGGCAGCAGCAGCGGCGGCGCUAGCCAUGCCAGCAGUCCCGUUCCAAACACCAACACGGUUGCAGGCGGCGGUACGACACCUCAUGCCGGCGGAGGAGGUACCGCCAGUGGCGGCGGGCAGGCUCAGCGACCCACGGGUCUCCCCGACCCCCGUCGGGUAAUGUCCCGCAUCAAGGGAGCCUCGGGAAUACAGGACCUCUCCUCCCUGCUGCGCCGCCACGGCCCCAGCCUGGCUGGCAAUACGCUGCUGCUGGCGGCCGCCCUCAGCCGCCUCGCCCGCCUCGCCACCGACCCAGCUGCUGCUGCCGCCGCAGCCGCAGCUGACAAGUCUAACACGGGAGCAGCGCCCAACACGGCCGCGACUGUGCCGCAGCCGCCCUCCUCCUCUUCCACACUGCAGCAGCAGGGGCUGCAGCAGGAAGGAGAAGCAGGGCGGCAGGGGCAGCCGCAGCCGAAUCAGCCGGCAGGGCAGGGGCAGCAGCAGUCGGGCAGUACGGAGGCCCUUGCCGUACUGUUGGGUCUGAUGCCUGCUGUGGGCGCUGCCGUACCGCUCAUGCGGGUGGGCGAGCUGAGCUCGUGUGCCUGGGCGCUGGGCAGGCUGCGGCCGCUGUGGGGCGGAGGCGGCGGCGGCCGCGACAGCCACCACACCCAGCAGCGGCAGCAGCAGCAGCAGGAGCAGGUCGGACAGGCGGGACGUGAGACGGAGGUCUCAGCUGUGGGCGCUGUGGCAGACGCCAUUGCCGCGAGACUAGCGCAGGACUGGACUCGCGGAAAUGCAGGCGCAGCUGCUGCCCCCACCGCCACCGCAGACACCUCCACGCCCAGCCAGCCGCAGCCGUUAUGGCAGCAAGCGGGGACGCAGGACGUGGCCAACCUCGCUUGGGGCCUAGCCCGGUCAGGCCGCGGCGCCGCCGGCAAUGGCAGCAGCGGCAGUAGCGGCAGCGGGACGAAUGAGGGCGCUUGGCAGUGGCUUGCAGGCACUGCGUGCGAUGUGCUGUGGUCGGGUCAGGCGCGAGAGGUUGCAAACCUGGUGUGGGCGUUCGCGGCGAUCGGCAGGCCGGAUCCCCAAGUGUUUGGGAACCUCCUCAAGGCGCUGCUAGAUCGCCAGAGAGGCCCCGAAGUCGUACGGCAGCUCCGCGAAGAGGAAUGUACGGCAGUGCUAUGGGCAGUUGCAACCGCAUACGGACGUCUGCGUUACAAGGCAACUCCUCCUUCACGCGGCGAGGAUAACAAUCGCGAGCGCGAUUCGCGUGACGAGCUCUCACCGCCGCCGCCGCUGCCACCGUCUCCAACGCAACCCCUGGGCCAUGUUGUCGGCAAUGGCAGUGGUGGUGGUGAUGGCGGAUCGGAAUUGUCGUACGAUGCAACGGGUGGUGAUUGUACGGCAAUGGAGGAGGCUGCGAGCCGGCUGGAGCUCGCGCGGGUGAUGCAGCGGCUGGGCGAAAGAGCGGCGGAACUGGCGUUGCAUGGCAAGCUGACGGGCCGCCAGACGAGCAGCAUGAUGUGGUCUCUGGCGGCUCUGCAGGGAGCCACCUCUGUGGAUCUGGACCCCUCCUGGCUGCAGGCGCUGGCCCGACGUGCGGCCCAGACGGCCCGCUACAUGGACGGCCAGGCACUCGGCAACACGGCAUGGGCGCUCGGAGCGCUGCGCUUCCGUCACGCAGGCGCCCUAGAUGCACUGUGUGGGGCCGCACUCGCUGCCAUCCACCAGCAGCAGCAACAGCAGCGGCGGCGGCGAGGAGGAAGCAGCAAUAGCGGCAGCAGGAGAGGAGACAUGGUUGGAGACGCGGCAGCGGCAGCAGCAGCAGCAGCGGCAGCAGGAGCAGCGGCGGCAGCAGGAGCAGCGGCGGCGCCUCCCGCGUCACGGGACCUGGUGCAGCUGCUUUGGGCGUGUGGCAGGCUGAGACAUGUGCACCAGGGGUUUGUGAGCGAUGCACAGGCUCAGCUGCUCCCGGAGGUCCCGCGCAUGGACCCAUGGGUCAUCGCCACCCUGGCCUCCUCCCUGGCCUCCCUGGGCGCCCAUUCCGCGCCCUUCUUCACCGCCCUCUGCAAACGAGCCCAGCAGCUACUGCCACCACACUCCCCCUCCACCGCACCCGCUAGGGACGUGAACCGAACCGGCAGCAGCAACAGGGGGCAGCAGCAGCAGCAAGCACCACGGCAGACGCAGCAGCCACAACCGCAGCAGCAGCCCGAGCAGCCGCAGCGAGUUCAGGGUGCAGCCGGGGGGCGCUGUCUGAGCGGCUCUCAGAUGGCGGCGGUGGUGACGGCGCUAGGCCGGGUGGAGCACUACGACUCAGGGCUGAUUGAUGAGGCGUGCGAGCGGCUUUGCAGCAGGCUGCACGAGCUGCAGCCCUGGGAGGUUAGUGGCCUGGUGUCAGCUCUCGGGCGGUUGGAGCACCCGCACGCGCAGCUGCUGGCGGCGGUGGAGGGCCAUGUGAUGUACGACAUCCGCCCGUACAAGCCCUCGGAACUCGCAACCCUGCUGUACGGAUUCGCCUCAACCGACACGCGUGCCGAAAGCCUGUUUGCCCGCGCUGCCGCGGUGCUGCAUCGGCGGCUGGGCGGGCUGGGCGCGGAGGAGCUCGCGCAGCUGGCGGAGGCGUUUGCGGUGGCGCAGAGCCCGGAUGACGAGCUGUUUGAGGGCAUCGCGGCGGAGGCCCUGCGGCGCUGCCAGCACUUCUCCUGGCCGCAGAUGGAGCGGGUGGCACUGGCCUUCAAGUCCCUGGGCUACGAGGAUUCGGAGGACCUCAUCCGUGCUUGGCGGGAGGGAGGUCAGGGGUAGCCGGGCGGGGCCUGAAGCGCGAGCGCACAACUGACACGGCCCCCCGGGGCAUUGGUGGGGCAUGGCGGCUGCUGGGGCCGGACGUUUGUGUAACUAUAACAGCGGCUUGUGAAGUGCCAGUUGCUGGGUCUCUCCCCGUGUGUGAGGGGAAAUGUGAACCAAGUAGGCCACAUGCCGCCACGCAGCUUCCGUGGCCCGACAGCAACCCCAUGCUUCACGUG